AUGUCUUAUAACAACUGCAUUAAAAACACUAUGGAUGUUUUUGCAUAUGAACAAAAUGCUACUUCAACGCAUCAUUCUAUUGAUUCAUACCUGUCAACAUUUGAUAACACUUUACAAGAUAAAGUUCUAGAUACAAAUGAACAAUAUACAAAUCUCACAUCAUAUGUACAAUACACUACUCCAACACACUUCGCGUCAUAUAUUGCUCCAGAUGAACAGUAUGCUGAUGAUGUUCUAACAUACCUAACAUCAUACACUCCAGAUAAAUAUGCUGCUACUCUGGCACACUUCAUAUCAAAUAUUAAUGAUACUGCUUUGACACAAGUCACAUCAUUUGUUACUCCAGAUGCUGAUGAUACAGUCAACUCUCUUUAUAGUCACACAUUUGGGACAGUCCAUAUUUGGUGA